AUGAUUGGUAAAUGGUGGAAGAAAAAUGUCAUCGAUGUGGUCCAUGGAGCUGCGUAUUCAGGGAGGUUUGCGAUCCACGACAAGAACACGCUGAGGCUGGUCAAGGGCAUGUACUUCAGUGUGACGUUGCUAGCGGGGAUAUGGCUAAUGUCACAAGUGAAUGAAGGAGGGCAGUGGCACAAGAAUGCGAAAGAAGCAGCUCUAGAUAUGAAGGAGAGGUAUGAGAGGGAGCAGAGAGCGAAGCAGGACCCGGCAUGA